CUGGACUUCAUGUAUGUCCACAGAUGCAUGAGGAUAUAAGGAGCCAGGUGCCCUGUUCACACUGGAUGCAAAUUCUGUUCUGCGGCACAUCAAAUUCAUUCUAAAGACUUGCCUAUUAUAUCUAGUACCAUCUUCAUCAGUGGCGUGUUGCACCCGUCCCUCUCACACACAACAUGCCUUCUCUCCACAUCCUCGGCGUUGGUCUCGCCAUCGCCAUCUCCUCACUCUCAGGAGCCAACGCAGCCGCCAUUACCAAGUCGACGCUUUCCGACCAAGUUCCAGUCACUCACCCAGACAACCUCAGCAGUGGCAGCGACGACGCCCCGGUGUGCAAUUACCUCGCAGAAGCCGCCUUUGACUUCCCAUGCGGCAAGAUUACCGACGCUGGCGCCGUACGGCAAUACAAGAUUGUCGAGGGCGUCACGGCUAGCCUAGGCGAUUGCGCCCUGGCUUGCUUCAACAACGGCAAAUGUGCCUCCCUCAGCUACCAGGAUGGGUUAUGUGUAUUGUAUAGCGAGGAGGCAUUGUACAUGAAAGACGCCAGGGAGAGUGGUUCGGGGCCGCUCUACGACAGUCGUUGCUUUAGGUGCGUCUAGACGUCUCCACCGCCACCGCCAUCCACACAAAUUACGAUGAAGCAAGGGUCUGCUGCACCCAGAUGAGCACGGGCAUGUAAUUAUCUGGCUAUUGACACUUUGAUUUCGGUGUUUUGGGAAUUGGGCAUAUGAUGGGGGGCUUCAUCAGGAUUGGAACAGCUCGGGCGCAACAUUGUUUUGCUAGAUUAAUUCUCUUUCCUUCCAUCAAGCUAGGAAACCUUGUACAUUUAAGCUUCUUUUAUGAACGCGUCUGGCUCGUAAAUUAGUUAGACACUCCUUUCGUGAUCCUGUUGGUGGC